GUGAUCUCUUCCCUGCAAGAGCGUUGUUUGUGCUGCUCCAUAAAUAGGACAGACCCAUCCGACAGACCGCACCUGAGAGGAGCGCUGCUUGUCAUUCAGAUCACCAGAAUGAGCCAACACGGAACCCCAUGUUUCCUCCUUAUACUUGUUCUUCUAUUGUCUGAUCACAUGAGUCAUUCUCAGCAUUGGUCCUAUGGGCUGCGGCCGGGAGGAAAGCGGGAGAUUGAAAAUAUCCAGGAUACCUAUCCAGAGAGUCAGAAUGAAGUUUCCUUGUUCACAGAGCCGCAGCAUCUUGGGUGUUCCCUACCACAGAGCAGAAUUGGCCUCAUGAAAGAAGCUUUGAUUAAUUGGCUGGAGGGAGAGACUGGCAGAAAGAAGAUGUGAAGAGAUCAAACUAGGCUUUUCAUGAAUAAGAUUGUAAUAAAACACGAGAUGAGAUCA